AUGAGAAUAGAAAAGUGUUGGUACUGCUCGGGGAACAUCUACCCAGGCCAUGGCAUAUUCUUCAUCCGGAACGACGCGAACAUAUUUCGAUUCUGCCGCAGCAAAUGCCACAAGCACUUUAAGGCCAAGCACAACCCGCGCAAAGUCAAGUGGACGAAGGUCUACAGGAAGGAAAGGAACAAGGAGCUCACCGAGGACAAAACAUUUGAAUUCGAAAAAAUUAGAAGUGAGCCAGUCAAGUAUGACCGAGAUCUGUACAUAAAAACCAUCAACGCCAUAAAACAGAUUGAAAAAAUAAAGGAGGCCAGAAAAAUGAAAUUUUAUAAAAAUAGAAUUAAAGAAAUAUCGGAGAAAAAAAUUAAUUUGUCUUUAAAUUAUAUUAAGAAGAAUCCAGCUCUUUUAAGGAACACCGAAUUUGAAGGUGUGCUUGGGGAGCUGAUGAAGGAAGAGCCCAAUCAGGACGUGGACUUCAGUCUUGUCAAGGGUACCUUUGACCAGGAGGAACUCAUUAGGAAGGACAUGGCGGAGAUGGGCCAGAAAUUCUCCGCCGAUGUUAAUUCGAUUAGGGAUAUACAGGGAAUCCAACACCAGAGGCAGAACCAAAAUGUGGAGUUCGCUUAG